AUGCCAAGCUUACAACUUCACACUAAGAACAACAAAAACUACAAAGAAGCCUGUGGCCAUCCAUCUGAUUACUCCAUCUGUAUUGUGCACAACUGCCUGCAGUUCCUGAGACAAAGUGGCACGUUUUCCUCCACGAGCAACAACUCUAAUAGUUUCCACAUUCCAAAGACAAUGAGGGCAACCAGCCAGUAUUCCAGACACAAGGCCUAUGACAUGAAAGAAUGCAUGAAAUCACCACUGCUGCCGGUCACAGCUUCUCUGGGACUUAAACCAAGAGGCGUCCCUUUUCACAGCACACUAGUCCUGGCUCUUUUCACCGUCUCUGUUCUCUUAUCUCUGUUUCUUUUCCGGAUCCGUAGGCCUCAGUUUGUCUGCCUCUGUAUUCUUUUCACCCUGCUUGGUACAUUUGCCUAUAAUCCAGACCACAUAGCUGGUUCCACUCCCCCCUACUUGGUCUACCUGAAGUCUGAUUACUUGCCCUGCACUGGGGUCCUGAUCCAUCCUCUUUGGGUGAUCACAGCUGCGCACUGCAAUUUACCGCGUCUUCCAGUGAUUCUUGGCGUCACAAACCCAGCAGACGCCACUGAAGAGAAUGUCACAGUGACCGGUUAUGAGAAAAUGAUCCAUCACCCAUUCUUUUCGAUCUCUUCAAUUUCAUAUGACCUCAUGUUAAUCAAGCUGAAAAAACUGGUUGAACCCGGGAACCAUAUAAAAACAGUCGCACUGCCCCAACACAUCAUCCCUGAGAAUACCCUGUGCUCUGUCUCCACCUGGGCCUACAAUCUGUGUGACAGCAUCAAGGAUCCUGAUUCACUGCAGACUGUGGACAUCUCUGUGAUCACCAACGCGGAGUGCUGUAAUGGCUAUAAAGCCUAUGACAUCAAAGAAAACAUGAUCUGUGUGGGCAUCGUGCCAGGGCGAAGGCUACCCUGCAAGGAAGUGUCGGCUGCCCCAGCGGUCUGCAACGGUGUACUUUAUGGAAUCCUGUCCUAUGCAGACGGCUGUGUCCUGAGGGCUGAUGUUAGUAUCUAUGCUAGCAUCUUUCACUACAUGCCCUGGAUUGAAGACACCAUAAGAAAUAACUGAGCUCGCUCAACAGGAAGAAUUCAGAACCUUGUGACAAAACUUGUGCCCGCACACAUCCAACCUCACGAUUAAAACCCCUGGGCUCAUUGA